GCAGGCAUCUAACUUUUCUAGGAGAUUUUUAACUUGUUUUUUAACAUGGACCCAGGCAGCUGCUGGAGUAGAUCUUGAUGGAGGAGAAACCAACAGGAGAAAGGAUUUUUGAUAUAUAAAGUAUGUAUGUGAGUGACAGAGAGCCAAUGCAGGGGUUCAUCUGACCCUGAAAUAUACCAAGGUCUUUUAUUGCCUUAACAUUGAUAAAAGCUCUUUCCAGAUUACAAUAUUGGUAACCACAGGAAUUCAAAAAUAAUGAGCCAGGUCCUUAAUUAAAAUAAUAAAUAAUGAUAUUAACUUAAAAAUCAUGAGUUUUAAAAUGAUAUUCCCUAAGCUCAUCGUUUACUUUCUGUUUUGGAACCUUAUAGGGUGCCCAUAAGUUACAUUUCAAAGUUUCCUUUGCAAACAAGAGGCCUAGAAAUUUGGGUGGGUGAGUCAUGCCAACAAUAAGAGGGCUAUAAACAAACAAUUGAACAAAGGCUUGGUAUUGUCAUAUUUUAAUAAACUCAUGCUUUUUUUAACAUCUGACACCUUAGAUUUAAGAACACAUCUGUGCAGCCAUUCAAUUCAAAUGAAUAAUCUAAAUCUGAGUAAUACAGUUAUAUAUAGCUGUGUUUUAACUGAUAAGAAUGUUCAGCCUUUGUUGAUAUGCAUAUGUAUACAAUUCCCAUAGACUCCCCAGUGAUUUUCAUUUCUUGAUGAGUUUAUUCCUAGGCUCUCUCUGGCAGUUUCUCUGCCUUUUUAGCUCAUUAAGUUAUUCCCAAAGGACUGCAUAAUCAGUAUUUUCAUAAUGCAUAUUGUGAUGGAGUGUGUACUCCACACUGGCCAUGAAUGAGUUCACAUAGGCCUGAGAGUCCACUUAGUGUAAUUAUUAUGCUAUGUGGAUGCAACUGGAGGAUGGACCAGACUUAAGUAAACAUCAAUCCCAGCUGGAGAAUGAGGUGCUUGGGUGCUAUAAACAGGAAGUGCAGAUGAAAGGAGCAGAGGGAAGCUUGAGUGGCACUUGAAUUAUACUGGAGAUGGACUAUGUAAUGGAGAAUACUGACAUCAGACUAGAAAAUGGUAAACUUGACGCUGAAGGUCGCAGAUUAGGAAAAAUAGUAGAUAAACAUGCAAGAGUUAGAAGAAGAAACAGGCAGAAAACAGAAAUGAGGAAAAGUACAAUCAAGUUGUUGUAAUUUUGAAUUCAACUGUCUUCAACACCAGUUGAAUUGUGUGGAUGUAAACAAUCUGAAAGUGGCAGAGUGGAUUUUCACAAGCGCUGGAGCUAUAGAAAGAGCAAGAAUGCUGAGAGGAGACCUGUUCAUUGAAUGUAAAAGCAAGGAAUGAGUGGGGAAACAAAGAUUACAAUGUCAGAAGAAGUGAAAAAAAGCUAUUAACUGCGAGUUUGAAAACCUUAUUAAAAUCAACUGAAAGCCAAGAAGCAGGAAGUACGUACAACAGAAACAAGGGGGAAAGCGAUUCCAUGAAGUAUGCCUUGAAACUGAAAAUGCUCACACCUGUGGGAACAUGCUGGAGAGAGUAAGAAAGCUCAAAUACUGGACUGUCCAGUUCAAAACCGGACACCAGGCAACCGUAGGGAGGCUUGAUGAGCUGGACCUGCUGUAAACCCCACAAUAAGGAUAAAAAUGAAUUUUAAUGUCUGGACUAUCAAAGAAAUGUUCAGUACUCCCAUAGCCACAAGUAAUCGUGUGUCCGUGCCUCAGUUUCCCAGAGCACUGCACCAGUACCUAGAUGGUGAUCGGAAUUUCAGGACUAAUAAAUCAUCCAGUCGGAGCAGUGCUCCUAGUGAUUACUCCAGCCUCAGUGACUCUCAGUUCCUCUUUGGUUCCCAGUUCUGUCCAGAGAACUCUCAGUCAGCACCAGUGCCCCUGGAACUCAGUGUGCAGGCAAGACAACAGAAAAGCUCCCAGCAGAACUCUCAGGAUAGCGAGCCCAGUAUUUUUACCAAAUACCAUACAAAACCACAGUUGUUUGGUGGCGAUGAAAGGGAAAAAGGUUCAUUUAAUUUUGGUGUUGGAAAGCUCAAGAAUAUCUUGGAGCAGUUUGAAGUGAAUAAGAAAACCAUAAAGGAGAAAUAUGACAGUGAAGUUUUAAGCACCUUUGUUUCCAGUGUCAAAGAAAGCAUUCAGGGGAUGCAAACAUGCUUGGACAGGUUUGAAGAAACUUUGGAUUCAAGAAACAAAUCCAUUUUAGAUGGCUUGGAAGAUAUUUCUAAGACCUUGCAUGGGGCUGCUCAGGCCCACUACGGAGCAGUGCUGAGUGCACUCGCCGACAGAAGCCACGUGGAGCAGAGAUCUCUGGAGGUGGAGAGGAGACUUACAGCUAAAGACAUGGAGCUGUCAGAUGUGAAAUCCAAUUUACAGUCACUGAAGGAGAGUCUGGAACUGCUCACGUCUCAGCAGAAUAAGCAGCAUCAGAAUCUGUGUGAACAGUUAAAUCACCUGCCAUUGCCCAGCAUCUUAGAGGAACUGCAGACAUUGAUUUCUGCUUCCCGAUUCCCCAGGUGCAGGAAGGAUAACGCAUCCCAGACCUCUCCAGACACACUGCAGGGCCACUGUGUACUCGGUCCAGAGGAAACAUUCUGUCAGUGCCAUCCAGCCAGGAGGCUCCAGAGAACAGGUUGGUUUCAGACUCAGCUGCACACCAUGCCGAUGGCAAACAGCCGUGGCGAUUCCCCUAGGAAGACUCACACAGCUACAGGUGACACACACAGAGGUGCUUUGAACACAGCUGCUGGAAGCGGGGCCAAUCUCACUACUGUAGCUUUGCGAGGCAAAGAAAAUGUAAUGACACAAGAGCUGGAGUCUGCAUUAGCAAAACAACCCUCUGCUAACAGCCCGGCACCUGCCUGCUGCUCCAACCCUGGCAUGUCUGGGGGUAGUCACGGGAGCCAUUGGCUGCGCCCACAAGAAAUACCUCCCACCACACCACUGAGGAAGGCAGUCAGGAAAGACUCUAAGCGAGUCAAGCCUAUGACUCCUUCACCACAAAAUCAGAGCCAACUUUUCCACCCUCCAGCACAAAGCCGCAAAGCCUUUGCCACAGACAACAAGACACAUAUCACAGUUGUAGGAAACAUGCCACAAAAAGAAAAGUUCAAAAACCCCUGCCGGAGUAAAAUACCGGCAAGGAAAAGAAUGUACAUUACCAAGAGAAAAGGAGACCUUCCCAAGUGUCCUGACAGGGGUCCGAAGAAGAAGAUGACCAGCAGGCGGAUGGAGUUGGAGGAUUCUCGACAAAAUGACUCUCCCCCAAUUACAGUUACAGUUACGCCCUAUUCAGAGAACUCCAUCCUGGGGUCUUCAGUUCCCAGGCAACAGAAGCUAAGUAGGGUCCCACCCAGGCAGAAAGAAAGCACCUUGUCCAUGCUUCACUCCCGUGAGAACAGGCGAGGGCCUGCAGCCGAGAGAAGAGGGAUCCCGGGACACCAGAGGAGACUGGAUAUUUGCAAUACCCAACGUACUCUCUCUUUCUGGGAGGGCUCACCCUGGGAGAGUGACCUGAAUGGUGAAAACCACAUGACCUGGUUCAGUGUCCCAAGCCCCAUGGCUUCAGACAAGGCAGGUCUUUCUGCUGCCCCGGCCCAGCACACGACUCCAUUUUGCUCCUUAGUUUUUGAUAGUGAUUAUUCCGAUUGACGUUUUCCAUUUACCUUCCCAAAGCACAGCACACGUGUGGCUAGUUUGGUCUCCAUUUUUCUGUUUGAUCUCUCGAGUUCUGUCACUCGUUACCCAUUGCCCCUUGGAGCCCUGUCGGGAGGGAUAUGUCCUCCCCAUCCUUCUGGCAGCCCAUCUGGCAAUAGAGCUAAGCUGUCCUUGGCAAGCUGUCUGCAUUGCGAAUGGGAAUAUGCCGCCGUAUUCUGUCCAGACCCGAGGUCUGGGGCAAGGAUUCCCACCUGCUCUUUAUUAUUUGCAUGUUUUUGUGUUUCCCGGCUCUUAGCAGCAAUGCCACUGGUUUCCAGUUGUUCUCAUCUUUGCUUAGCAGAAGGGGCUCUGUGAUUUUCACUAGUGAGAACACAGUUAGCAGGCAGCUGGGCAGAGACACUGCCGUGUCUAUUGUUACUAUGUGUAGAAAUGGAGUCUGGUUUAAACAUUUCAAGGCCUGUAAUGCAGUGGCUGGGGCCUUUAAUUCCAGUUUUUCACUCUUUCUUUAUAGAGGGGUUCAGAUGGCUGAGGGCCCAAAUCCUGGUCCCACUGAAAUGAAUAGGAAUUCUUAGGGUGGACUUGACACAGAUAAGCUUAGCCUCAAGCCCUUUGCCUUGUUCUGGGUAAAUGUACCAUUUGUAUGAAAAAUAGAACCCUAAUCUCACUGUGUUUACCAGUCAGAGCAUUUCCUCUCCUUUCCGGAGCUUGCUCUGCUCUUAUUCCGGUCUCCUGUGUCCUCGUCGGCACCUCGCAGCUCAUCGAGAACAUCACCUUUCGUCUCUCUAGGCGGGUGUCAGGGCCUCACAGAACAGCCUAGCACAGUGGAACUCAGCGCACAAGAUACCAAGAAGGACCCUUGGUUCUGCCUCUUUCCUUUGAAAAGGCUGAAGUAUUUGGAUGAGCAGUGAUCUCCAGUUCAGGGGGACCAUGGGGAUCCCUAGCUCUGACCUCCUGUGUAGCACAGGCCACAGAAUGGCACCCAGAGAGCCCUGCAUCAGGCCCUGAGCUUGAGAGAGCUAGAGCAGUGGGUCUAGAAAGACAGCCAGCCUCCAGUGGAGGGUGUGGUAACUGCCCUCUGACAGGGAAAACUUGGGUGUUUAGGAAAGGGGUCUGCUGGCGUGAAUCCAAACAGCCUCAUUCUGCCAUUCCAAAAUAAAACUCUUGCUGGAUUCUCAUGGUUAUCUCCUUGCAGUGAUUUCAGGGGCGAGG